AAAUAGUUGUGUGAGCGAGCGACACACGGAACCAGGCUGGGAAUUCAUCAACUCAAUUUAAGUCUCCAGCAGCAACCGUGCCCAACUCUAUAGAUCUCAACAGCAACCGUGGUCAACUCAUGGCCAACUCCAUCCCUGCCUAUGGCUUUGUGGUGUCCACACAUGUUUACCCACAACAAGGACAAGUCCAACAAAAUAGAACCCAAACUGGUUCAGCACCUGCAGUCACCUCUCGGCUUGGAAUGUUUUUCCAAAGAAAUCCUUCAGCCCUUGGGACAGUUGAAAUAAUGAUUGGCAUUGUUAUAUUUCUUGUUGGGAUUGUGAAAGUUAUUUACCCAGAAGAGAUCAUGACUUUCUCUGGAAUCACAUUUUGGGGAGCCAUCAUUUUCAUCACAGCUGGCUCUUUAACUGUGAAAGCCAAUGAGGAUCUUGAUUUAUGUUUGGUGAAAGCAUCUCUAGGAAUGAAUAUUAUCAGCACAAUAGCUGCAGGAGCUGCUAUAACGCUGAACUCUAUUGAGAUGAUCUUGGUUACUCCUCCAGGGUACAUUUAUGAUUACCCUUGUCCUAUGAUUGAUUCCAGUUACUGUGAUACCUAUCCUUUCAUAGACCGAUUUGACAAGUUACUGAGCAUGUUAUAUGGUAUUGAUGGAGUUAUGAUGGUGUUGCUUUUAUUGGAGGUCAUUGUGUCUAUUUGUGUAUCUGCGUUUGCCUGCCAAACCACCUGUUGCAAUACUACCACUGAGUCUCCAGCAGCAACCGUGGCCAACUCUAUAGAUCUCAACAGCAACCGUGGUCAACUCAUGGCCAACUCCAUCCCUGCCUAUGGCUUUGUGGUGUCCACACAUGUUUACCCACAACAAGGACAAGUCCAACAAAAUGGAACCCAAACUGGUUCAGCACCUGCCAACUCAGUCACCUCUCGGCUUGGAAUGUUUUUCCAAAGAAAUCCUUCAGCCCUUGGGACAGUUGAAAUAAUGAUUGGCAUUGUUAUAUUUCUUUUUGGGAUUGUGAACGUUAUUUACCCAGGAGGUAUUGUGACUUUCUCUGGAAUCACGUUUUGGGGAGCCAUCAUUUACAUCACAGCUGGUUCUUUAACUGUGAAAGCGAAUGAGGAUCUUAAUUUAUGUUUGGUGAAAGCAUCUCUGGGAAUGAAUAUUAUCAGCACAAUAGCUGCAGGAGCUGCUAUAAUCUUGCACAGUUUGAGUAUUACAGAUGAUUAUGACAUUUAUGAUUACAAUGAUGAUUAUGAUUCCUGGUGUCAAGAGAACAACGCCUGUUCGGGUCAUCCUUUCAUCCAGCGGUACAACAAGUUACUGAGCAUGUUAUAUGGUAUUGAUGGAGUUAUGAUGGUGUUGCUUUUAUUGGAGUUCAUUGUGUCCAUUUGUGUAUCUGCGUUUGCUUGCCAAACCACCUGUUGCGAUACUGCCACUGAGGUGGCAUAUGUCAAUAAUGCAGUGCCCUUAACUAUUCUGAACCCUCACCUGCCUACAGCUCCUCUGAACAACUCUGAGGUGACAGCUGGCAAAUCCAGUGUGUACUACAGUCAACCUGAGGAUCUGUCCCCAACAUACGUUGAACUGGGAGAACAAGUGUGACUAUGUGUUGCUGUCGGGAUGCUGGUUCUUAUUUUUUUAUUAACAGCUAUGUAGGACGGUGAUAUACUGUACCUGGUCCAAGAGACACGUUUUUCUGUAAUAAUAACUUCUAGAAAUAGUGAAGAGGCUAUUGAAAUUGCUUGUUCCCUCACAUGUAUUAAUUCCACACUUUACUCCUCAACAUUAAUCAAAUCAAUUUAAAUUCGUAAAAUGUCUUUGAAAUAGCAACCUUUCUCCCUUGUCAUCAUUGAUUGGUCUAUAUGCUCUUGGUGUUGAGUUGGAAUACUGGGCAAAUGGAGUUA